GCUACUCGCAAAUUCCGAUUCCUUUCUCUUUCGUUUUCUUCAAAGGAAUCAUUAGCCAACAUAUAAUCCUCAGUAAGGGUGAAAGUCGAUUACUCGCCUUGUAAUCUUUUCACUCAAGCAAUCAGUGAGACUGGCAGCCAUGAUUGCCAAGCGACGACGGUGCAACGGUCAGACAGGUCAUCGUUGUUGUACACAGAUAACCUUAAGUUGGCAUAUGACAAAGAAAAGAAGUCCCAUUGUAAUUCACAAUGAAAAUAAAAGGAAGGUCAAUGAGGGGCAGUUUACGACCACAAGAACGAAAAAUCAGUUGAAAAAACGAAAUGUAAACAAAGAGAUUGGAUACUUGGAGGAUGAUGAAUUUCCCAAGAGGCGUCAGAAUGGAAUUGACAAGAGAACUACUUCUCUGGAUGAAGAUGAUGUAUUAGAUGAAUGGGAUAAUGAGGCUAUUGCUCUCAUGAACAUUAAAGCACGGCAAAGACGUAGAAAGUUGUAUUGGGAUGAGGGUAUUGCUAUGAUGAACAUUAAACCACACAAGGAACGCAGAAAGUUAGAUGGUGAUGAGGAAGCUAUUGCUACAAAGGAGAUUAAUUCACAGAACAAACGCAGAAAGUCGGACAGUGAUGAAAAUGAUAUUGCUAUUACGAACAUUAAAGCGCGGAGCAGAAGCAGAAAGUUGGACAGUGAUGAGGAGGCUCUUGCUAUGACAAACACUAAAUCACAAAACAAAUGCAGAAAAUUGAACAGAGAUGAGGGGAAUACUGCUACUGUGAACAUUAAAGUGCGGACCAAAAGCAGAAAGUCACAUAGUGUAAGGACCAAAAGAAACCCUCUGGAGACUAUAGAGAAAAACUGCAAUCCCAUCGAUGCUUCAUUGCAUUCUUCAUCCUCGUCGGGAACAUCAUCUUCUGUCUCAUCACAUUUGAAAAGUGAUGGUAGCAGCUGUGAUGGAUGCACAACGAAGAAUGUUGAGGCCAGGAGAAAAAAUUUCAAGUGUCAUCAGUGCAUGAAAGAAAGAAUAACUCUUGUUCCGUGCUUGAAAUGUAAAGACAAAGUGUAUUGCACCCGUUGUAUCAAACAAUGGUAUCCCAAGAUAUCAGAAGAAGAAAUUGCAAAGCAGUGCCCAUUUUGUAGCAGGAAUUGCAACUGCAGCAUCUGUUUGCACUCAAGUGGAUUAAUUAAGACGUCAAAUAGAGACAUCACAGAUGAAGAAAAAAUUAAGCAUUUGCAAUACUUGAUUGAGUCACUGCUUCCCUUUAUGAAAGAAAUUUCCAAAAUGCAAAAGCAGGAGACAGAGGUUGAGGCCAAUAUUCAAGGGCUACCACCUUCUAAAGUCGAAAUAUCACAGGCUCUUUCUUAUGCUAAUGAGCGUGUCUAUUGUGACCAUUGUGCAACUUCAAUCUUUGACCUCCAUCGUAGCUGCUCAAAAUGUUUAUACGAACUCUGUCUUAGUUGCUGCAAAGAAAUUCGGGAGGGAAGCCUUUCUAGCCGUAAUGAUGUUGCCUACCAAUACAGGGACAAAGGUUCUGAUUAUAUCCAUGGUGGAGACCCUUUGCCAGAAACUUGUCUUCAAGAAACGGUUAACAACCAGGCAGAGUCCUCAAUUCUGUGGAAAGCCGACAAUGAUGGAAUUAUUUCUUGUCCUCCAAAGGAAAUGGGUGGUUGUGGUGAUCGCAGAUUGGAGCUUAAACGCAUCCUUCCAGUGGGGUGGAUUUCAAAUUUGGAAUUAAAGGCAAGGCAAACGUUCAGCAUGUGCAGAAUGAGACAAUGGCUUCAAGAUACCUUACAUGGGGGUGCUUCUAAAGAAGGAUAUUUUGAAAAUGGCUUAUAUUCUUCAACUUCAAAUGACGAUCAUGAAGAAGGCCUUUGUAACUUUCGAAUGCGUUGGGCUGAAGGCAAACCAAUUGUAGCUCCAAAUACUCUUACAAAUUCAUCUGGUUUAAGCUGGGAACCAAUGGUUAUGUGGCGUGCUUUAUGUGAAAAUGGGAAUUCUGAUAUGAGUUUGGAGAUGUCUGAAGUUAAGGCCAUUGAUUGUCUAGCAGGCUGUGAGGUUGAGAUUAAUACCCGACAAUUUUUCAAAGGCUAUAUAGAAGGGAGGACAUAUGAUAACUUAUGGCCAGAGAUGCUAAAGUUGAAGGACUGGCCACCAUCUAAUAAGUUCGAUGACCUCUUGCCUCGACAUUGUGACGAGUUUAUAAGCAUGUUGCCAUUUCAAGAAUACACUGAUCCCAGGUCUGGCAUCCUAAACCUGGCUGUGAAGUUGCCUCCGGGUGUUAUCAAACCAGACUUGGGCCCGAAAACAUAUAUUGGUUAUGGAAUUGCUGAGGAUCUUGGAAGAGGGGACUCUGUUACCAAACUUCACUGUGAUCUAUCAGAUGCGGUAAACAUUUUGACACAUACUGCCGAGGUUGCCUUGAGCGAGGACCAGCUAGCUGCAAUGGGAGAGUUGAAAUUGAAACAUAAAGCACAAGAUGAAAAGGAGCGUUUGGAGAGAGGGUGUCUCAAUAGAAUUCAAGAAAGCUCUGAUGUUGCAGAAAUCGCAGGCCAUAGAGAUCACAAUUUGGGUGGUAAUGAGCGCAACUUAUCCAGAGAUGAACUCGGAGCUACGAUUCCCGAACCCUCCACGAGCGGAGAGGAAACCGGUGGUGGUGCUCUGUGGGACAUUUUUAGAAGGGAGGAUGUUCCUAAACUGGAAGAAUAUCUUAGGAAGUACUCCAAGGAAUUCAGGCAUACCUACUGCUCCCCAGUUGAAAAGGUUAUCCAUCCGAUUCACGACCAAUCAUUUUACCUAACUGCGGAGCACAAAAGAAGAUUGAAGGAGGAAUUUGGAAUUGAACCGUGGACAUACGAGCAAAACCUCGGAGAUGCUGUUUUUAUUCCGGCUGGAUGUCCACAUCAAGUUCGAAAUCUUAAGUCAUGCACCAAAGUAGCUGUGGAUUUCGUGUCUCCAGAGAAUAUCAAGGAGUGCCUUCGUUUGACGGAAGAGUUCCGGCAACUACCCAAAAACCACAGAGCUAGAGAAGACAAACUUGAGAUCAAGAAGAUGAUAAUAUAUGGAGUCGAACGAGCUGUCAAUGAAUUGUCGGAACUGAUAUCGAUUCCGAACUGAGCCACCAUUGAAGACCGGAUUCUCCAACUGCAACUGUGCAACCAGCCUUUCUG